AUGGAGUUUGCGAGAGUUCAUUCAAAGUUCCAGAGGACGCUGCUGCUGAUGAUGGUGAUGAACACAUGGGGUAUAAUCAGCACAGAGACAUUAGACAGUUGUGCAUCCUCCCCAUGUCAAAAUGGCGGCACCUGUGUGGACAGAGAGGGCAGCUAUCAAUGUCUCUGCCCCAGGGAACUGGUGUGGUACACGGGAAAGGACUGCGAGAAGCUUUAUGAUGCGUGCACUGCUGUCGACUGCCCCAACUGCACCAGCACUCCAGGCACUACUAACUUCACCUGCGGCUGCCCAGACGGUUUUGGAGGAGCCAACUGCACACUCAGAACCGGCAGUUGUGCGAGCAGUCCCUGCAGGGGGGCCAGGACAGAGUGCGUGGACGUGGGUGAUGGCUACACCUGCCAAUGCCCCGGUGGCUACGGCGGGGAGGACUGCCAGACCAGCGUCAGCGACUGCCUGGAGAAGCCCUGCUUGAACAACGGCAGCUGCGUGGUGCGGCCGGACGGGGCCGGUCACCAGUGCCAGUGCGGGCUGGGAUUCGGGGGCCCGCGGUGCGAGGAUAACGUGGACGAGUGCCUGUCGCACCCGUGCCAGAACGGGGCCAUCUGCAUGGACCGCGAGAACGGCUACCAGUGCUUCUGUGUCCCCGGUUUCCAGGGAUACCACUGCGAGAUCGACAUCAACGAGUGCGCCUCGCGGCCCUGCGAGAACAACGGCACCUGCGUCAACGAGAAGGACCGCUACAGCUGUGACUGUCUCCUGGGCUACACAGGAGUGAACUGUGAAGUGGAGAUAGAUGAGUGUGAGUCAAACCCCUGCCAGAAUGGAGCCACCUGCCAUGACUAUGUGGGUUUGUACACCUGCGAGUGCCUGGCUGGCUUUGAGGGCCUGGACUGUGAGAUCGACAUUGAUGAGUGUGCGAGUGCGCCCUGCCUCAAUGAAGGCACCUGCAAUGACCAGGUGGACAGCUACGAGUGCGACUGCAGUGAUACAGGGUAUGUAGGAGCAGCCUGUGAAGUGGACAUCCCAGAGUGUGCUUCAAACCCAUGCCAGAACAAUGCCACCUGCCAGGAAGGGACCAAGUCCUACAGCUGCCUCUGCUGGCCAGGUUAUGAAGGUGAUCACUGCGAGAUUGACAUUGACGAAUGUGCGGCGGAACCUUGCCAGAAUGGCGGCCGCUGCUUCGAGCACUCGGACUUAUCGAACUAUGGCAAGUUGCCUCAGCUCGACCGGCCGUUCAGCUACGCCAACGCAGCUGGGCACCUGUGCGAGUGCCUGCCAGGAUUCACAGGUGAAGACUGUUCGGUUAACAUCGACGAGUGUGAGUCUUCGCCCUGUCAGAAUGGAGCAACCUGUGAGGACCUGAUCAACGCCUACAAGUGCCUGUGUUCUGUUGGCUACACAGGUGCAGACUGUGAGGUGGACAUUGAUGAGUGUGAGGGCAAGCCCUGCCAGAACGGGGCACGGUGUGAGGAUGCUGUGGCCGACUACACCUGUCACUGUCCCCCGGCUGAGCCCGGAGAGGAGCCCUGGGGCGGGCACAACUGCCACGUCCGCCUGGUGGGCUGCGUGGAUCACCAGUGCCAGAACGGGGCCACCUGCGUGCCCUGGCUCGUGGCUGAUGAGCAUGGGCACCUCUGCCACUGCCCGCCCGGCUUCCACGGGAGUGCCUGCAACACCUCCACCACCUUUUCCUUCUCUGCCCCGGGGUUUGUGGUGGUGGAGGUGCCCGACAAGAACCGCAGUCGAUUGGAAGCGGGCCCCCAGGGGUCCAGCGUGAGCCUGCGUUUGCGCACGACCCUGCCUGACGCCGUCCUGUUCUACGCGGGAGACGACGACAACCACUUCCUCCUGGAGCUGGUGGGGGGGCGUCUCCGUGCCAAAGCAGUCUCAGAGGGCACGCCGCUGGAGGCAAUGCUCCCGGGCAGGGCCAGUGACGGAACUUGGCACGAGAUCAGCGUGGUUCUGGACCAGAUGCUGGUGCUGGAGGCAAAGGGGACGGGCUGCGAGGGCAGGGAAUGCAGGGCAGCGGUUGCCCCCCAGGUCCACGCCCACUUCCGCCCUCUGGACUUUGCACAGGCGAUGGUGGGUGGGGCCCCACCGGAGUACCUGAACCACACAGAGAGUGGGGUGGGGUUCAUCGGCUGCAUGGAGGACUUGCUGAUUGAAGGUUGGCCCAUCUAUCCCCAAGACUUCUCCCAAAACGAAAGCCUGGAGCUGGGCUGCACCAAGACAGAGCGGUGCUUCCCUGACACCUGCUCCGGCCACGGACGCUGCGUGGACCUGUGGACCCGCUUCAGAUGUGACUGCCAGCGGCCCUUCCAUGGGCACAGCUGUGCCGAGGAAUUUUCCGAGUGGACAUUCGCACAUGAGGACACGGAGAGCUUUGCCGCGUUCGAGGUCCCCGACAGCCACAGCGAGAACUUCAGCGUCUCCUUUUUCCUGCGUUCACGUAAGAUGGACGGCUUGAUCUUCCAGCUGAGGCAAGAUGGACGGCCCUUCUUCUCCAUAUUCCUGUGGGAAGGCGUGUUCAAGAUCGAGGUGUUCAGCUCCACCACCUCCAGCCAAAUUUUCGUCAGCACCGGGGAGAAGACGCAGUUGACGGUGGAGUUCGAGCACGGCCUCGCCUCUCUCUGGGUCGCUGAACAUCUCGCCCUGCAGGCCAGUGUUGGCAUGGUGACCGUGAAGAAGGGGGCCAUGUUGUAUGUCGGAGGCCCUCCCAGGGGGGGUGGCGUCGGACCCUGGGGGGGCUAUUUCAAGGGCUGCCUGCAGGACGUUCGUCUGGAUGAUGUGCGUCUGGUGAUGAAUAAGACUGCUGCAGAGGACCCCGCGACUGAGAAGAUCUACCUUCCAAUCCAGGUGGAGCAUGUGGAAGAGGGCUGCCAUAGUGACAACACCUGCCAGGCAAAGCCGUGUCAAAAUGGAGGACUGUGCUCGAUCAGCUGGAAUGAUUUUACGUGCGAAUGCCCCCUAAAUUUCACCGGGAAGACGUGCGAGACUCGCGUGUGGUGCUUCAGCGACCCCUGCGUCAUGGGUGGUCGGUGUGUGAACCUGCCCGAUGGAUACGAGUGCCUCACCAACGGCACAUUUGAAGACAACGGCCUGCAGUUCAGGGCCAACAGCUCCCUGGUGGAACCGGUGACCAAUGUCUCCAUCGAGCUGCGGACUCGAGAGGAGAACGGCAUCCUGCUGAGGGCCUCGAACGGGGGGGAGCUCUUCUGCGUGGGUCUGCUCAACUCCUCCAUCCUGGUGAUGAUCCGUAGCGGGAACAGCCUGGAGCUGCUGCCGUUCGCCAGCGACCAGCCCGUGGCCGACGGCGCCUGGCACCGCGUGGAGAUCUCCAUGGUGGAGCCGAGGCAGGGAGCGUCGCUCUGGGAGGUGUCCGUGGACGGGCGGGAGGGGGCUGGGAGCCAGGGCACCGCCGGCAACCUCAACUUCCUGAAUGAGUCCUCGGUGUGGCUAGCGGAGAACUUCACCGGCUGUCUGGGAGAGGUGCGGGUCGGGGGGGUCUACCUGCCCUUCAUCCCGGAUGGGGGCACUCCUCCACCGCAGCAGGUCCAGUUCUUCCAGGACGGGGGCAAGGACAUCCAGCUGGGGUGCGUGGGGUCCGCCGUCUGCUCGUCCCAGCCCUGCCUGCACGAUGGCGUGUGUGAAGACCUCUUCAACCUCUUUAACUGCUCCUGCGUGUCGGGGUGGGAGGGGCCACACUGCGAGCAGGACGCAGACGACUGCGCAGCUGGGCCCUGCGUCCACGGCGACUGCACAGACCGGCUGGCGGACUUCAGCUGCGACUGCCCCCCAGGCUACGGGGGCAAGCGGUGCGAGGAGGACCUGGACGAGUGCCAGGGGCACAGCUGCCAAAAUGGGGGCACCUGCGUGGACGGGGUGGACCACUACACCUGCCUCUGCCCACAGAACUUCACCGGGCACCUCUGCCAGUGGAUCUUCCCCCCUUUGCAGUGCGGUCAGGACCUGCAGUGCAGCAAUGGGGGUGCCUGCAGUGAAGGGAUCUGGGGGGCCAACUGCACCUGUGUGCCUGGAUACUCCGGAGACAGGUGUGAGGCAGAGGUGGACGAAUGCGAGUCGAACCCCUGCCAGAAUGGCGGCUCCUGUCUGGACCAGCUCAACAGGUUCCAGUGCGUGUGCGUGGCGGGCUUCGUUGGCCCACAGUGCCAGAACAUUAAGCAGCCGCACAAAGAGAGGGUCCCCCUGCUGGUGGUGGCCAUUCCCCUGGCCUGCUGCUGCGUGAUGCUGGCCGUCAUCGGCCUGGUCUUCAUGGUGAUGACGGCGCGGAAGAAGCGCCAGUCGGAGGGCACCUACAGCCCCAGCCAGCAGGAGGUGGCGGGAGCCCGGCUGGAGAUGGACAGCGUUCUCAAGGUGCCUCCAGAGGAGCGGCUCAUCUGACGGGGCGGGUGGGCGCCCCCUGUUGGGUGAACGUGAACAUACAGUCACAGGAACACUACGCUGCUUGUACUGGAGUCCUCCAGCCAUUUUGAGUUGGGACUUUUGACGAGAUGGAACUGCCGGGAGAAAUGUGGUUCCCGGUUAAACUGAAAAUAUUCCAUGUACUCUUCUGCCACAACAACACUACGCCCCGCCCCUUCUCUGGCUCUAAGUUGGGUAGUGGGUAUACACCCUAACUGCUGUACCAAUUUCACCCCUUGUGUGUGCCGUAUCAUAGAGACACUGAUCUGUUUGCUGAACAAAGAUGGCUGAAUUCAGUCACUUCAGGACUUCUCUACACUGGAAUUCCGUCUCUAAGAGACUUCCCUCUCUAAGAGACAUGUAUCAGACUCAUCUCUGAUACACACCUCAACACUCUUGGUGUGUACAGUUGCCACAGAAAUCUUCCCCUUUCUCCUUCCCUAUAAUGUGAUUUAAUUGUGCAACAUUUGUAUUUUUAUUUUUUUACAAUUUUUUGUUCAUUAUUCGUUUGUAUGACUGUGUCAUGCUGAGAUGUAUUAUAAUGUUACUGUAAAAGUGUUAAAUGGCAGAAAAAUAGAGGUAGACUGAUUUGGCCCGGCUGUAAUUUAAAUCAUAAACGUUAUUUAACUGGACCCUAUUUUGCAGCCUCAACAGCCUGUUCCCCUGCCUGAUAGUGUUGUGAUUGAAGACAAAAAGGAAACCACUAUGAACAUUCGGGCAGUUUUUGUCUAUUUGACACUCCAACCCCCAGGCAAUGUGGAGGCUAAGGAGCUGCUGGCAUGCAGGCUACAUACAUAUCUGCAGAUACUGAUGAGACAACACAGACAUCUCUUCUUCAUCUCAUUUCCUUUGCAACUACUGAAAAGUAUAUAUGUUUGUCUUAAUUAUUAGCAUAGAAUUGUACUUAUCUUUUACAGUAGCUGUUAGCUGUCAGCCUAUCUACAAUGCACUGUACAUUGACACUGUAAAUUUUAAAGAAAUGACACUGGAUUAUCAGCAUAUGAAUCCUGACAAUCUUUCAUGGUUGCAUCAAUACUCAAGUUUAGAUGUGCAGAAGGUAUACAUGACGUGCAGCAUUGUGUAGAAACAUACAUAACAGGGGCUGUAUGUGUUCAUGGUAUAAAGUGUGUGUGUGUGUGUGUGUGUGUGUGAGAGAGUGAAAGAGUAUGUGUAUGCGUGUUUUAUAACAAAGGGCUGCCAGGAUGAUAAAGAUAAUGAGAAAUAAAGAGAUAAUGCACCAGAA